AGCCGCGCGGCAGGGCGGCCCCGCGCCGCCGGUGGAAUUACUGCCAUGGCAACUCAAGUGCUCGGGCAGUCUGGUGGGAACAGCCUCUUUCCCGGCAGUUCUAAUAUUGGCAUGGCAUUGUCCAAUGACAUGUAUGACUUACAGGACCUUUCUAAAGCUGAACUGGCAGCUCCUCAGCUUAUUAUGUUGGCAAAUGUGGCCUUGACGGGAGAAGUUAGUGGCAACUGCUGUGAUUAUCUGGUUGGAGAAGAGAGACAAAUGGCAGAAUUGACAACAGUGGGGGACAGCAACUUCUCGGAUAGUGAUGGAGAGGGUAUGGAAGAUACCCAGGCUGCAGAGAGUGACCGUGAGGCACCUGAAAAUGUGGAAUUAAGCUCCCUUGAGGUUCCUGGUGUGGAAACUCAAGGUCCAGCUGCUUGUUCCCCUCCUAAAACUCCCACCAUCGACAAAGAUGCCUCAUUGGAAGCACCAAGUACUCCAGAAAGCACGGAGGAGAAGUGUAAGAGUUUGAAGAGCAAACCAUUUCGUUGUAAGCCUUGCCAGUAUGAGGCAGAGUCUGAAGAGGAGUUUGUGCAUCAUAUCAGGGUUCACAGUGCUAAGAAAUUCUUUGUGGAAGAAAAUGCAGAAAAGCAAGCACAGGUGAAGGAGUCUGAUUCCUGCACUGCAGAAGAGGUGGAUUUCUCUAAGGGCCCAAUCCGUUGUGAUCGCUGUGGCUAUAACACUAACAGAUACGAUCACUAUCUGGCUCACUUGAAGCACCACAACAAAGCAGGGGAAAAUGAGAGAGUCUACAAGUGUACCAUAUGCACUUACACUACUGUCAGUGAAUAUCACUGGAAAAAACACCUAAGAAAUCAUUUUCCCAGGAAAGUGUAUACCUGCUCAGAGUGCUCCUAUUUUUCAGACAGAAAGAACAAUUAUAUUCAACAUAUUCGAACUCACACAGGGGAGCGACCCUAUCAAUGUGCGAUGUGUCCUUAUUCCAGCUCACAGAAGACCCAUUUAACCAGGCACAUGCGCACCCACUCAGGUGAGAAGCCAUUCAAAUGUGACCAGUGCAGCUAUGUGGCCUCAAACCAGCACGAAGUGACCCGUCAUGCAAGGCAAGUGCACAACGGGCCAAAGCCUCUGAUCUGCCCGCACUGUAACUACAAAACCGCUGACCGCAGCAAUUUCAAAAAACAUGUUGAGCUCCACAUCAACCCGCGCCAGUUUCUCUGCCCCGUUUGUGAUUAUGCAGCGUCUAAAAAAUGUAACCUGCAGUAUCACAUCAAGUCCCGGCAUCCUGAUUGCUCUGACAUCACCAUGGAUGUCUCAAAGGUGAAACUACGGACUAAAAAGAAUGAAGCUGACUUCUCUGAGAGCACUAAUGAAAAAGUGAGGAAGGAACCAACAAAAGGAGAUGCAACUGCAAAGAAAAUGGAGAAAAUUGUGAAGGUGGAGAAAAAAGAUAAUUCAGCAAAGGAAAAAAAGUCAGCAAGCAAUGUUUCUUCAGGCCAGAUGACAACCAGAAGUCGGAAAUCGGCUUCAGAAAACAAGAAGGUGGAUAUUAAAACUGAGAAAAGUACUGAGAAAACAUGUAAAACAAAGAAGGUCAAAAGAAAAGCAGAGAUUGAGACAACUUCCUCAAAGCAAGAGCCUGCAAAUGAUACCUCAGUAGUAACAAAAAAGAAAAAGAAAAUGGAAGCUAAACCCAGAGACUCCCAGGAAGUUCAAAAAAGUGAUGUUGCACCAGAGGAAGACCCUAAAAAGCAAAACUUUUGCCUAAAGAAAAACAGGAAAAAGAAAGUUCUGAAAAUUAAGCACAAUAAAAAGAGCAGUAAACUUGAUCAGGAGAAGAUUGAGGAAGAGGAGAUGCCAGAUAAGUAUCCUAUUUCAGAAGAAGAUGAAGGUGUGAAGCUGGACACUGAGGGCGGUGACCAGAAGGAGCAAGAUCCCACUGACACAGUGGCAUUAAGCAAAAAUGGUGGUCAUGCUCUCGGCAGGGAGAGCACUGAUCCCAAAGGACUCCACAUCCAAGGUCCAGGGCAACCUUGUCUGCCAGCUCAGGAUGGAAACACAGAAGGUGAGGUAGAGGACCAAGAAAUGCCUGCGGUAGCAGGAGAGAGUGAAGAUACUGGUGAUGCAAAAGAGGAGAAGAGACAGGUGGACAAAGGGGAAGACACUUGCUCUCAGGAAUCUUCCCAUGCAGUGUCUUCUGAAAAAAGCUUGGAUGUACUCAUGGAUGUGGCACUAGAUCUGGCACCUGAGAAUGAGCCAGCUGAAACUGGGGCAGAAACUGAGACUAACUCAAACCUGAUGGACUUGACCAAGAUGUGCCUGCCAGCAACAGAGUCAGCAGCAGAUGCUGUGCCAGUGCCUGUGCCCGCAGAAGGGUGUACACAAAGCCCUAAAGUGACUUUGUCGUUAUCUCAGGAUAACACAGCUGUGAAUGAAUCUCAGGAAAUGGAUGAGGAUGAGGGCAUCCACAGCCAUGAAGGCAGUGACAUCAGUGACAACAUAUCAGAAGGAAGUGAUGACUCGGGGUUAAAUGGGGCUCGCUCUGUACAAGAGGAAACAAGUCCAAAGAUGUCACAAGAAGCUCCAGACACCACGAUGGCCAGGGAGAAUUAUGUGUGCAUUUUUUGUGACCGCUCAUUUAAAAAGGAAAGUGAAUACAGCAAGCACCUCAACAGGCACUUAGUUAAUGUGUAUUAUCUUGAGAAGGCAGCAAAAGGGCAGGAGUAGCAAUAGCUGUGGUUUGGGGAAUCUUCUUUCGUAAGAUCCUGCACAGCUUAUGUAAAAAUAUUGUAGACAUUUUUUUAAGCACAGUUUGCUUUAGUGUCUGCAUUGGUUUCUUUUUUGGUUUAGCUUUUUUUUUUUAAGUUGAAAAUAUUUUUGGCAACUUUAUGUGUCAUGAUGAACUCAUUAACUAUUGGAUCUGUUAAUUAGAGAACGCAGGUAGGAUGUAUGAGGUUGUGUUCUAUAAAGUCACUGUAAGCUUCUAGUCUAUUAGCUUAUGCAACUCUUUUAUAAAAUGAGUUUUAGGAAUAAGACUGGAGCUAACAAUAUACAAGCUGGAUGUUUGUAGAGCCACUGGGCCUAAGUUACUUUUUAUUCCAGCAACCAACUCUUUCUCUCCCUUUUUCACUUUUCCCAUUUUUUUUUUACUUCUUUUCAAUGUGUCUUGAUGUUCAAAGUGUUAAACUACUUGAUGGUUUUUCUACCAGGAAGAUAGAUUCUAUUACAUAAAGAGCACUUUGUAAAAGAAAUCAAAGUUGACUAGAUUAACAUAACUGUUUAAAACUCAUUACAGUUACGAACAUUUCAGAUCCCCUAAGCAUGAAUGAUGAGCCAAAAUUUGAGAGUAGUUCUUCCAACUUUUGAUUGGAGAACCUCUGUCUUGAUUAAUCAUCUUAAUCACUGAUCUGUAAUUGGCUUUGUUGUUGGGGAGCAAGUUUGUUAUUUUUAAUUCCUGCUUUUUGUUUUUUGAUUGUGCUUUAAGGGCUUAAAAUGUUGCACUUGUUUUUGAUUUUUACCUAUGCAGUUUAAUCUUCUAGGAAUAGCGCUUGUGCAGUAUGUGUACACUUUAUAUAUGCAUGUUUGGUUUUGUAUGGGUAAAUUUUUUUUUUAUUUGGAAACAUUCAGACUUGUUACUUACUGUGGGACAGUUUUCUGUGAUACUCCUUACUGCAGAUUUUUCUUGUUUUCCUGGGGUGUGAUUAACUGAGCAUGAAGUUGCUGAAAUUACGAACUGCUUGGCUAUCUAUUUUUAAGUUGGUUUAGAAUUGUACAGUCCUUGAGCAAAACAAUACCAGUGCAGUUCCAAAACACUUUUACAGGAUUUAUUCUGUCAUGGAAAUGUGACUUCUGAUACUUUGAAUACACAUUCAGAGUAAUAAAUUCUGAUUUGUAAUUUAGGAUCACUAGACAGGAAAAUAAUCACUCUCAGUAGAAACAGUCUGCAGAUUCUGCAAGUCUGGAAUUUUUUUCCCCCUUCUGUUUUCAUUUUUGUAGUGGAUAGCAGUCAAACUUCAUGAGCUUUAAAAAAAGAAAAAGCAACAGUGAUAUAAUCUAACAUCUCAUACACAAAAAAAUCCAACAAACGAAUAAAGAUAAAUCAACUGGUAAGCAACAAACCUGGCAUUAAAAAACUGUAGGAGUUCCUGCUCCAUAUUAAUUCAAAACCAUCCUGCUUUCAUGCAGAGAGAAACAUGUAAGUUUUCAGAUUGUCAUCUCAGGUCUGCAUGUCAUAUCAGGAGUUUUUAAUUCUAAACAGAUUUAAUUUCUAGCACACAAAUGCAAGAGAGAUUGUAACCAACCAGUGGCAAAAUGGAAACAAAAUCCAAACCAGCAGGGAAGAAACAAAACCCUCCAGGUCCCAUCUGUGCACUCUUCUGACUGUCAUUAGCCACCUUUCCAGUGGGAGCAGUUAGGGACAGCUCUGAAGAAGCAAAUUUGGAGGCAGGUGUCACUUGGGGAGUGGAGUUGAAGAGCUCAGACAGCCUUUGUCAGAGCAUUUUAUUGCAAGUAGCUCUCUGUGUGAGCUCUGGAAUGAACCCCAUUCUUCGCUGUGUUGUCCCCACUGCAUCUUCCCCUCCAAACAAAUCCACUGCUAUGAAUGAAUUGAGAGCAACAAUGCUACAUUGCUUCUGCUUUUGGGAGAGGUAACAGGAGGCCAAAGAUUUGAGAGGGAAGGCAUCCCUCAUGGCAGAAAUAAGUUGUAUAAUGUAUAGUGAGUUUUUGUUUGCAUAGAUAGUGUUCAAUCCUUACCUUGGCUGCGACAAUCAUUGUCAUCUCAAGAUCAAGUUGCAACUAUAUUUAUGUUAAACAUUAAAAACAAACCUAGUUGAAUUGUUUUCCUAAACUACCAGUUGUAUUAGUUUUAGAUGUAUUUUUUUCCCCUUCAUAAUAGUAUUUUUUAAUAUAUAACUGUUGCCACCAUUUGUGAGUGAUGUGAGCAGAUGCGGGGAAUUCCAGUAUUGUGGAGAGGUUUGUGAGAGACUCCAAGGACUUUAGCUAUGUUCAAGUAAACUCAUGGACUGACCUGUUAAUUUUUUUCCUGUUAUUUUUUAAAUGAAAAUUAUUCUGUUGACUGACUUUAAAGUUCUCUCAGUGAGACAAAAGGAAAGGUGAUUCUCUGAAAUACUGUGCUCCACAUUUCUGUGAAGUGGUCAAGUUUCAAUGCUUGAUCUGACAAGAACUCUUUGAAGACAGCAGUUGGCUCCUCUUUGGUGGAGUUUCCUACCAGAAGAUGAGAAACUGAAAAUAAAUUAUUAACAUAUUAAGAAGAAGAAGAAGAAAAGUUGGUUUUUUUCUGAGACCCGUCAACAACGUCCUGAACUAACUAAUCUUGGUGCAGAACUGUGUGGGAAUUCUCUGCAAGGUUUGGGAUUAUGUUACAAUAAAAAGGCAAGGAUGUAAUGCAUUAUAUUUAUCUCAAAUGUUAACCACUGCUAAUACGAGUAUUUGAGGGGGAGUGUGGGUCACAUAGCCCACCAUAAAUGGUGGUCUUACAUUGCUGUGUCUCCCUUUAAAAAUGCCUCUUUUUUUUCUUUUUCAAUAUUGUUAAAUUAUUUUGUGUUGUUUUUGCCAAUGCUAGUAUAUUUGUGGUUUCUUGGCAAUAAUACCUGUGUUUGUGUUCAACCUCCAAUAUGUGGUUGGAAGAAUUAGCGUGCUGAUAUACCCCUACACUGCCAGCCCUUGGUUGAGUCAUAUGUUUUGGGCUUGUUCUGUAUGAAUCUAUACACUCAAACUAACUGCCCUGAAAAAUGGUCAAGAAAUAGAUAGCUAGGCACUUAAAAUCCAUGGUGUUGCAAUUGUUGUUUCUGGAUUUUGAUGAUCUAGGCUGGAACUGUAGUCAUUUAAAGAAAAAUGUGUAACAGCUGAGAAACCAGUUAAGAUAAAGUAAUGUCAUUGAUUUCAACAGAUUUAACGUAGCUGAAAGGUAUUAAAUAAAAUUCAAGAGUUUUCUUGAAUGUCAGUUGUGUAGAUAUGUGGUGUGCAUGUGGUAUUAAUGGAAUCCAAUAGCUAAAGAAAUUGGUUUUUGUUGGUUUAUGUGUACAUAUAUUUCCCCCCCUCUAAAACUCCACUAGCUAACAAAAUUUUAUAAGCUGACAUGGAAACAUGUUUAUGAUAUUUAGUUGCACCAUAUUUGAUGCUUUUACAGUGCAAUACUUGUAUUCUCUGAAUUAAACCAAAGGUAAUUUUUUUCAUGCUCUCUACUGUAGUGCAUGACAGUCUUUUCUGCGUUUGUAAUAGAUGUAAAACGAGCCAGAUCAUACUUCCUGUUUUUACCUGAAUCAUGUAUAAGAAGUCUUUUGUUCAAAAUGUAGUAUAAACUAAAUUGCAUUAUAUUAACCUUUGCAAGUGUAUUUUCCUAAGCAUAGUUAUGAUUAAAUAAACUUCAUUAAGGAACCUGCUGCUUCUAUCUUCCAUUUA